AUGGACGUCAUCCAAAAGUUAAGAAGCUUUUGUUGCAGGAUUGGUUUUAAUAUUUUCUCCUUGUUUUCAUGAAUUAUUGGCCCGGCAGCGAAUGCGCCCAAGCAGGAGUCCGGCACUGGAGAAGCUCCUCCUGCAGGCGAGGAGGAGGAGAAAAAGAAACAGAAGAGAGGUGGAAGAGGCCAGAUCAAACAGAAAAAGAAGACCGUGCCUCAGAAAGUCACGAUAGCAAAAAUCCCAAGAGCCAAGAAAAAAUACGUCACACGGGUGUGUGGCCUGGCAACAUUUGACAUCGAACUUAGAGAGGCUCAGCGAUUCUUUGCCCAGAAAUUCUCUUGUGGUGCCUCCGUUACAGCAGAGGAUGAAAUAAUCAUUCAGGGAGAUUUUACAGAUGACAUAAUUGACGCCAUUCAAGAGAAGUGGCCUGAGGUGGAUGACGACAGCAUCGAUGAUCUGGGUGAAGUCAAGAAGUGAAGACCAAAUAUGCACUUUUACUGAAAUGGAUGUGACCUGUAACAACGACAACCUGGCCAAAUGUACACAUUAAGUCAUUUUAUACCUAUUUUAUUUACUGUUCAUAAAAAGCUGCGGACAUGGCCACUCACUUGGCAUCUUUUUUUUUUCUUUUUUUUUUUAGUUAAUAGCUGCUUUCUCUCGUUUGCCAAAGGUGUGGUAUGACGUGAAUCCCUCCCAAAUGUUCUUCACUCAAAGCAAAACUGUAGGCUAAUAAAUUUCAGUCUCCUUCGCCUGUA